AUGUCUCGUCCUGACACGGAUCUGUUGAAUUCCUUGUCCCCCGAACUCUCUCAGCGGCUCAAGGAGCUCAUGGACCAAGCCCUUCUCGGGUUUAUACGUCCAAAUUCCACUUCUCAAUUUGCUCAGCAUGCUCCCGAGUUGGCGAGGUUCCGCGAGACCCUCGCGCACAGCGAUUCGAAGGACGAUAUUCAAUUUCUACGCAGCUUCCGAGAAUCCGUUCCAGCCACAGACUAUGAGCCUUACAGGCCAUACGUAGCGAAGUUUUUUGCAACCCAUUGCAAUGAAUCUGAUGUAAAGGACCUGCUUGCUCCAGGACUGCCCUACUGCAUAGGUAUCUCCAGCACGACAUCUGGCAAACCAGUAAAGACAUUUCCAAUAUAUAUGCUUGCCCCACACAUGUGGCAUCACCCUCUGUAUCCGUCGAUCACCCAUUCAGAGGGUAGCGCCUUAUCACCAUCCUCUUUAGGUCUUUGGCAAGUCUUGAAAAUGUAUUGUGAGGACGGUCAGAGCUCCAAGAUGUUGUCGGUCUGCUCGGCAACCGCCGGUUAUCAGCGAAUGAAAAUGAACUGGGAUGUCGAGCAUGACAUGGACAGACUCGGUUUGUGGGUUCCGGGACAAACGGUUCCACACGCGAUUUCCUUGGUGAAGAGCUAUCGUGCUUUCUUCAUUCUGAGUGCGCUAUUUGCACUCGCAGAGCGUCAGGUGACAACCAUGCGCUUCCUCUUCGCCAGUGUAUUCGUCAGUUUUUUGCAAUACAUAGAGGAUGAGUGGACUCUACUCAUCGACUGCAUCGAGAAAGGGAUAAUCCCGGACAUGGAUAACAUGGACCACGUGCGAGAACCUUUGCAGAAACAUUUUACUCCCAACCUUCUUCGUGCUGCCGAACUUCGCGAAAUUGGGCCUCCUGGAGUCCAGGGCUGGGCAGUCCGUGUGUGGCCUGACUUAAAAAGGUUCAUUGGGGUCACUGGAGGCCCCGCCGCUGCAUCCCGACACAAGGUUACUCACAUCCUUGGACCUUUUGUCGUAAUGCAGGCUCCUUGCUAUGGUAGCACAGAAUGUCAUAUCGCCAUACCAUAUUUCAACGGCGAUCCUAAUACCGACUUUAAGGUAAUACCCGUAGAUGGGGUCACCGAAUACCUGGACGUGCAUUCCAACGAGCCUUCGGAGCGUGUAUUAUCCGCUUGGGAACUUGUGACUGGAGGGCAUUACGAGCCCGUCUUGACGACCCGCAAUGGCUUGUGGAGGUACCGCAUCGGUGAUGUCGUCGCCGUUAAAGGCUUUGCGCCAGAUGACGGAUUACCCGUAAUCAAUUACCUUCAUAGGCGAGAUGGCUCACUUGGGCUGGCGUAUGGAUCAACGUGUACAGAGUCGCAAUUGACGGACGCGAUCGUAUCUGCCUCUAAACGAUGGAUCGGCCAAAUCAUAGAUUUCACUAUUGUGGGUGACGACCGAGACACGCCAAUUACUUAUGGGUAUUUGGUAGAAAUUGGAGGGGAAAUAGGAAAGGAUGCGAAAAUGGCGCCACAGCACACUUUUGAUGACCUCAUGAGAGACAGUAUGUUUGCUCUUGCGUUUUUGCAAGGGAGAGCAAGAUCGCCAACCGUCCGUCUCGUGGAGAGAGGCACAUUUAGAGAAUAUCGCAGGCAGAAAUGCGACAAGGCGAACAUCUCGAUAGCCCAGGUGAAAAUUCCCGUCGUCCUAUCCGACGCGACCUUUAAGGAAUGGCUCCUGCAGAGAGUCAUCAUGGAGCUGUAA